AGAUAAAGAUGCUGGUGCCUUCAGACGUAGGAGCACCACCACAACCACAACCACCACAUCCCUUCCUUCCUCCUGCAGACGUAGUUGUGUUGUUACUGUGGUGGUGCAUUGUGGUGUGGUGUGUCAGUGCCUUGUUAUCAUUACCAUCAUGGGUCGGAGUGUUAUCAUGCACGCCCUCAUGUCUCUGAUGCUGCAGGGCGCCCCCGAAGACACGUCCUUCACUACGCCCAUGACUGCCACCACCACGCCCCCGCCAGGUUGUUUUGCAGGGUAUGGGUGCUUUCCGAUUGAUGGAGUAUGGGGGGGCUCAGAGCGUCCAGUCUCCCUCCACCCCCUCCCCCCUGCCAACGUCACCCCUACCUACUGCCUCCACACGCCCGCACGCCCACACUGCCACGUAUUGGACGCAGAAAACUCCUCCACUUUCACCUCGUCUUCCUUCCACCAGUCCUCCUCCUCCCUCAUCCUCCUCACUCACGGGUAUCUGGAGUCGACACAGCUGCGGUGGGUGCAGGAGAUGGUGGGUGCCCUCCUGUCCACGGGUGAGGGUGUGGGCGUGAUCACCGUGGACUGGUCUAAGGCAGCACCGCCCACGUACGCCCAGGCGGUGGCUAACAUAAGACUAGUGGGCGUGAUGGUCGGGCAUGUGGUGUCCAGGCUGGUGGACAUGGGCGUCUCUGAGAAGGCUAUCCACCUGAUAGGACACAGCCUGGGCGCCCACCUUAUGGCUUAUGCUGCCGCCCACUUCACCGUCACGAGGGGACUACAGGUGGGGCGGCUGACGGGGCUGGAUCCUGCGGGGCCCUACUUCGCCAGCACGGCCCCCGAGGUGCGUCUGGACCCUUCUGACGCAGCCUUUGUCGACGUCAUCCACACGGACACCCCGACGCGGCCCUGGGAGCUCGACAGACUUGGCGCGGCUGAAGCUAUGGGCCACCUCGACUUCUAUCCCAACGGCGGCAGGCAGCAGGCGGGGUGUCAGGGAUCGGCCGCAGCGCACAUAGACCGGGAGGAGACCGUGGCUGGCGGGGUGCUCUCCUAUAUAGGCUGUAGUCAUCGUAGGUCCUUCCAGUUCUUCACGGAGACGAUCACAAAUAAAAGGUGUCGCUUCGUGGGCGUAGAGUGCACAUCGUGGGAGGAGUACAAGACGGGGGCGUGCUGGGGCUGCGAGGGGCGGGUGUGCGCACCUAUGGGGUACCCCGCCCACCUGCCGCAGCCACAGGAGAACCCCGUGCCUGGUGAAGGUGUCCAGCCCUACCCUGCUAGAAGGAUAUUUCUGGGCACCAACCCUGAGCGUCCCUUCUGUGCGGAGCAGUACCGAGUGACCCUCAUAACGUCAGGUCACGGUGGGCACGGUGAUUUGGCGCAUUUCACGGUCACUCUGCGGGGUCACCUUCGUACGGUCACCAUUCCAGCGCCGGAGAGCGCGUCGUGGGUGGAAGCGGGGGGGCAGGUGUCGUGGCUGGGGUGGGGGAGCGGAGAGCUGAGUGGACUGUAUAACCUGAGGGUGGAAUACGAGGAGGACCACAACUUGCUGCAAGCCCUGGUGUGGAGGUUCCAGCCGCCGACCCUCAGUGUGGAGGCGUUUAUCGUGCAAAUGCUGUCCACCGGGGCUACGGUUCGGUUCCCGUUCUGCGGCGCUGAGAUGCAGGCUGGACAAAGCUAUACCCUACUUCCUAACGCCGGCUGUCAGUAGUAGUAUUAGUAGUAGUAGUAGUAGUAGUAGUAGUAGUAGUAGUAGUAGUAGUAGUAGUAGCAGUAGUAGUAGUAACACUUCAAUGAGUCGAAAUAGAUGUAAUAAAAUAAAUAUAUAUUUGUCAA